AGUACUUGAAGUCUAGCUGAUGGCAUUAUCUAUAUGGACAAUGUAUAUAUGUGCCUUCUAAUAAUGGAGUUGUCAGCCAAGUCUGUGGUUCUGUCCGUGCUGGUGCUGUUCUGUUCUGUAAAGGAAAACCAAGGUUUGAGAUGUCAUCAGUGUUCUGGAGUAACGGAUCCUCAUUACUGUUCUAUGGUUGUACAUUGUGCCGCGGAUGAGGAAUGUCACACAGAGAAAGUUAUAGGUGAUGAGUCAAUGGUGUUUUAUAACUCAGGAUGUCAGAAAGUUCAGUUAUGUCAGUUAGCAGCUAAGGGUAAGAGAAGUGACUUACAUUUGUGCGAGGGAUGUUGUGGUACUGACUUGUGUAAUGCAGAACUCUGCCCAGCUGGCAAUAGUACAACACCAGGUACACAAUGUUACCAGUGUGAUCAGGUUGAUAGUUUGCAGGAUUGUCAUAACAGAGUUACAUGUGCUGAUGGCGAGCAAUGUAUUGCACAAGAGUAUGCAAGUGAUAAAAUGGAGGUAAAAUACAGUCUUGGAUGUGAAACAAAGCAGAGAUGUGAUAUUCUGAGCAAUCUUGGGAAACGAUCCACACAGAUCUGCAACGAGUGCUGUGACACACCCGGGUGCAACAGACAUUUAUGUGAAAGUGGAAAUUCAAGCAACAGUUCUUGUAAAGAUGAAGCGGACAUUGAUUGUAAACUAGCAGACGACACUCACAACAUCUGCGCAGAAAGAACACUGGCUGCUGUCAAAUACUGUCAAAAAUAUUGUGGUUUUUGUUCUGCGGACGGAUCCACACUGCCACCACCCACAGGAACAACAAUAGAUACAUGUGUAGACAGUGGGGACUUAGACUGUAAACAAAUGAACGAUACAUUACAUUUAUGUUCCAAGAAAGACUCCCCACCCACUUUAUUAUACUGUCCGAAAUUCUGUGGCUUAUGUACGCCAUCUAGCGGAGGAUCGGGUUCACCACACGUGACAACAGCGUCAGUAAGUGGCUGUAUGGAUUCUCCAGAUGUUGAUUGUAAAAAGGAAAAUGAAACACAGAAUAUAUGCGCUCUAAGGACGCUCGCUGCAACCAAAUUCUGCCAAAAGUUCUGUGAAUACUGCUCAGCUGAUGGUUCCACUCAUUCCACAUUACCACCACCAACUGGCGCAACAGCAGACCCGUGUAAAGACAGUGGGGAUAUGGACUGCAAGAAAAUGAAUGAUUCACUUAACAUUUGCUCCCAGACUAACUCCCCACCCACACUACUCUACUGUCCUAAAUACUGCGGUCUCUGCAAACCAGCAUGCUCGGAUAACCCAGACGUUGACUGCAAACUGGCAAAUGAAACACAAAAUAUAUGUGCUCUUGGAACUUUUGGCGCCAAAAAGAAUUGUCAGAAAUACUGUGGAUACUGCAGUGCUGAUGGUUCCACCCACACGCCGCCCCCACAUGCUGGCACCACAGCUGACCCGUGCCGUGACUCUGGUGAAAUGGAUUGUAAGCAGAUGGACGACACUUUACAUAUCUGUGCCAAAAAAGAUUCUCCUCCAACACAAUUGUACUGUCCUAAAUAUUGCGGCUUGUGUUGAUAAUAAAAAUUAACCCCUUCAGAAA